GCUACCAGUGCACAAUCCAAGUUCCAAUUUUUAUGGCCACCUGAUUAAACACACACUUUCUCUCUCUACCAAAGAAAAUAAUUAGAAUAUAUCUCUCUUCUUCUCUCUCUACAAUCCCUCUAGGAAGAGAAAUAUGGCUGACCGGAAAGCUGUAGAGAAUGCGGCCGUCUCCGGCCAACACCCAAAAACUAUUGAGGACUUUGAUCCUCCAAGAAGACCCAAAAAGAACAUCUUUGCUAUGGCUUGUGCUAUUUUAGCUUCCAUGACCUCCAUCUUACUUGGCUAUGAUAUUGGUGUAAUGAGUGGAGCUGCUAUAUACAUCAAAGACGACCUCAAAGUCUCAGACACACAGAUCGAAAUCCUCGUGGGUAUUCUGAACCUUUACUCCCUGCUUGGCUCUGCCGCCGCUGGUAGAACCUCUGACUGGAUUGGCCGCCGCUACACCAUCGUACUCGCUGGUGCCAUAUUCUUCGCUGGGGCUCUCCUCAUGGGCUUCGCCACAAACUACUCCUUCCUCAUGUUCGGUCGCUUCGUCGCCGGCGUAGGCGUCGGUUACGCUCUCAUGAUCGCCCCCGUCUACACAGCCGAAGUCUCCCCGGCCUCCUCUCGUGGCUUCCUUACCUCAUUCCCUGAGGUCUUUAUCAAUGCUGGAAUAUUACUCGGCUACGUAUCCAACUACGCCUUCUCCAAGCUCCCAACCCACUUAGGGUGGCGGCUUAUGCUUGGAGUCGGGGCGCUCCCCUCUGUCCUACUAGCCGUGGGAGUCUUAGCCAUGCCUGAGUCACCCCGGUGGCUCGUCAUGCAAGGCCAGCUCGGCGAAGCCAAGAAGGUCCUCGACAAGACGUCGGAUAGCUUAGAGGAGGCUACACUGAGGUUGGCCGACAUUAAAGAAGCCGCCGGGAUCCCCGAACACUGCACGGACGACAUCGUCCAGGUCAGCAAGCGUAGCCACGGCGAGGGCGUAUGGAAGGAGCUCUUGGUUCACCCCACGCCGGCCGUUCGCCACAUCUUGAUCUCAGCCAUAGGAAUCCAUUUCUUCCAGCAGGCCUCAGGCAUAGACGCCGUCGUUUUGUACAGCCCAAGGAUCUUCGAGAAGGCCGGGAUCACAUCAAAUGAUCAAAAGCUACUCGCGACCGUAGCCGUCGGGUUCGUGAAGACGAUUUUCAUCUUAACGGCGACUUUCUUGCUUGACAGGAUCGGACGGCGACCGUUGCUUCUCAGCAGCGUAGCUGGUAUGAUCUUAUCGCUUGGAACACUGGGGAUAUCGUUGACCAUUAUUGAUCAGUCGGACGAGAAGCUGAUGUGGGCCGUGGUGUUGUCAAUCGCAAUGGUAAUGUGCUACGUGGCAUUUUUCUCUAUUGGAAUGGGACCCAUCACGUGGGUUUACAGCUCUGAGAUCUUCCCGUUGAAGCUACGCGCCCAGGGGUCAAGUAUGGGUGUGGCAGUCAACAGGGUUACGAGUGGGGUCAUCUCCAUGUCUUUUAUUUCUCUCUAUAAGGCAAUCACGAUUGGUGGGUCCUUCUUUCUGUUCGCUACAGUGGCCAUUGUUGCUUGGGUGUUCUUCUAUACAAUGCUACCGGAGACACGGGGCAGAACCCUUGAGGACAUGGAGGUCCUUUUUGGCAAAUAUCAUAAGUGGAGGGCUGCAAAUGCAUUGCUCAAGAAGAAAGAACAGCUGGAGUUGGUCAACGGUACUAAUGCUACUACUACUACUGAUGGCCAUAUACAGUUAGGGACAAAGGAGCAAGCCAAUUAAUUUGUUCGAUCUUGUGAAAAUAUAGUAGUACGUCUUCUUUUGAUAAACAUAUAAAUGUUAGCUUUGGAUUAAGAUGGAAAUCAAAGAAAAAUUAGAGCCAAAUAUAGAAAGCAUUAAGAAAAAGGGCUUUGUUUGAUUAAGUGAAGGCUAUUUGAAUUUUAAUUGCUUGAGCUUGACUAAUAUUGAGAGGUAGAGAACUUCACCUACUUAUAUUAUCUUUUUAGUGGUUUGCCUUUCUUUCGUUUUCCACUAAGCUAGUGAAAAGAAGGAAAAGAGAGGGGAAAAAAAAAAAAAAAGAAAGGGCUUCUAAAUUUUAGAGUAGCUUUUUCAGGAAUAAUGAUCUGAGGGCUCAAACUUUAUCUGCAAAAAUUAAUGAUAAAUGAAACUUUGAUGUGUUGAAUAGUA